GUGCUGAUACUGGCGUCGCGCGGACUGCGGCGCGCGCUGACAGGUUUUACGUACGCUUGACGUCUCCUCCUCUCUUUUUUCACUCUCCCUUUCCCAUUUCUCCCUCUAUCUCCACACCGUCUCCAUAUCAUCCAUCCCCCAUCACCUCAGAUCUCGCGGAAAGAAGGAAAUCCACCACGGGAAUGGAUUUAUAACGUGCGAAGGAGAUGGACGCGUGAUCGGAAGGAUGGAAUCGUUUCACCUGUUUCUCACCAUCCUCGCGCUUCGGGCCGGUCUCGCCUCCGCGGCAGAUCAAAAAUUCGGCUGCCUGUUUGAGAAGGGGCUGUGUCUGAACUACGAAGUCUGUCUUAAUGAUGGCAUGUUCGGUCGCUGUGAGGCUGCUCCACUAACAAACGUCUACACAUAUGAUGUCUCGGCAGCAACGGUACAGAGAUUCCGCACGCUGCUUCAGAAACUGGCUCACAGAGGGUUGUCUUGGGAAGAUGACGUCACACAACAAGUUUUAUCAAACGAGUUCUCCAAACUACGCAAAGUUUCCCUGCCAUUACCAGAGCCAAGGCCACAGGGUUAUGGGACUGCUGUUGGUGAUAAGAGAAUGAAAUCAUCCGAGGCUGAGGUUAGGAAGACCCUGAGGUACCUGCAGCGCCUGGGACUGCUGCCAAAAUCUUCACAAAAGGGGGCGGAGCUUCAGUAUUACCGCUCUGGAGAACCACAGCCUGAAAGCGACUCCUCCCCUCCUCAGUUCAUUCCAGAGGUACCCUAUCAGUCACAGUCCUACCCUGACCUCAGCCGAUACCAGAGCGAUGCGGCACAAGCUCCUCAGCAGGAAGAGGGGUCAGACCUGCUCACAGCCGCUCUUCAGAAAUAUCUUUCCAAAAACAAACCGCCUCAGCCUGAUCUGGGAGACAGAUCCAGAGUGGACCGAAUCUAUUUAAAAGAUGGGUCAAAGUCCUCCACCAGUGACUCUCUUACACCAGUGGAUGAAUCCUUCAUCUGGAAAGUUCUGCGGAACGUGGGAAGGCACAGGGUGGAUGUGAAGAGCCUGAAGGCAGCAGAUCUGGAUGAGCUUGCUGUUCUUAUCGCAGAUGCUCUGCAGGUGGUGGACAAGCAGGCAGGUCAAGGAGAAACCCCCAGAGAUCUGGAGACACAGCGGAGACCCGAGGACGAGGCAGAAGACAUGCAAUAUGAGGACCAGCAUCCUGAGAAUUAUGUAAUGGAUCAAACCCCUAAAGACAGUGCUGAGAAUCAGAGGGAAGAGAAUGAGGAAAGUUCUUCUGUCACUCAAAAGACACUCCAAACCGUCCCGUCUGUGACAGAGGGACAGACGCUAGUGGAGGAGAAGAGAACUAUGGACAACAAGCAGGAUGUGGGCUUUUUAGGAAAGCUGCUGGAGUACCUGGAUAAAACCUCCAGCUCUGAACCAGAGGCAGCUGAUAAGGGGCGGGGUGUGUCUGUGGAGACGGUCCGUAGCCGAACGACACACCGGGAGGUGGGGAUGCAGAAAAAGGCCAUAGAGAGAGUGGAGGAGGUAGAGGGUUGGGUCCAGGCAGCGGCGAUAGCUCCCUCCUCUGCCCUAAAGGAAAACCCUGCACCACACCGCAAGAACAUGAAAGUACAGGAUCUUCAGCUGGACGUCCAGAGCAAUGCUAAAAAUGACAUCUAUGGAUACAUUAUUACUGACACAGAAAAUCUUCCCACUGAUAAGGGUUUGUAUUUAAUGGAGUUGCUGGCUCGAAAAGCGAAGAUUCAAAUGACUGAUUUCUCAGAGCUCUUUGUUGUUAGUCCAGCUGUGACAUUUCAGGUCCGUCCAAAUGCUCAGAACAUCACUACAGCGGAUGUGGCUAAUGUGGCAGUUAGUCGAAAGGAUGAACUGGAGAAUGAAGCGAAAGUCAAGAUUGUAGAGGCUGGAGUUACCGAUAGGAGCAAACUGGAUCAGAUUCCCACUAAGUACAGUCGCUCCGAGUCUCUUAAGUUUCUGAUUCUGACUGUGAUUUCCAUCAUCUGUAUAACUGGAGUGCUGCUAGCAUCCAGCGUGAUCUACUGUCUGCGUCAUCGCUCUCAUCACAAACUCAAAGAGAAGCUCACCAACCUUGGCUCUGACCCCACCACUGAUGCCACUGCUACCUACCAGGAACUGUGUAGGCAGCGAAUGGCAGUAAAGCCUCCUGUAGAGAAGCCGGAUCCUAUUCAUUCUUCUCGUAUAAAUAGUGUGUCAUCUCAGCUGAGCGACGGCCCGAUGCCAAGCCCCUCAGCACGAACUAGCACCUCCUCCUGGAGUGAAGAGCCUGCUCAUUCCAACAUGGACAUCUCUACUGGUCACAUGAUACUGGCAUAUAUGGAAGACCACCUAAAAAAUAAGAAUCGUUUGGAGUCGGAGUGGGAGGCCCUCUGUGCGUACCAGGCCGAGCCCAAUGCCACCACCAUCGGGCAGAGAGACGGAAACGUCAAGAAAAACCGUGCAAGCACAGUAAUAGCCUACGAUCAUUGCAGAAUAACCCUGAAGGUGGAGAACAAUCAAGGCAACUCGGACUACAUCAAUGCCAGCCCAAUCAUGGAUCAUGACCCUCGUAAUCCUGCAUACAUCGCCACUCAGGGCCCGCUGCCCUCCACAGUGGCUGACUUCUGGCAGAUGGUCUGGGAGAGCGGGUGUGUGGUGAUUGUCAUGUUGACUCCUCUCACUGAGAGCGGUGUGAAGCAGUGUUACCACUACUGGCCCGAUGAAGGCUCCAACCUCUACCACAUUUAUGAGGUUAAUCUGGUUUCUGAGCAUGUGUGGUGUGAGGAUUUCCUGGUUCGGAGUUUUUACCUGAAGAACAUGCAGACUAACGAGACCCGUACAGUCACGCAGUUCCACUAUCACACCUGGCUGAACGACCAAACGCCUGAAACCAGCCAAACCCUGCUUGACUUCCGCAGGAAAGUAAACAAAUGUUACCGUGGAAGAUCCUGCCCUGUCAUUGUUCACUGCAGUGACGGAGCUGGACGGACUGGGACGUACAUUUUGAUUGACAUGGUUUUGAACAAAAUGGCCAAAGGUGCAAAAGAGAUUGAUAUUGCUGCUACGCUGGAACACCUGAGAGACCAGAGACCCGGCAUGGUUCAGACCAAGGACCAGUUUGAGUUUGCACUGACGACCGUAGCCGAAGAGGUGAACGCUAUUCUCAAAGUCCUGCCGCAGUGAUACUUCCUCUCUUCCUCCCUCUCAGUUGUAUAUAAACUCUUAUCCCAUUUCUGAGAAGAUAUAUGUCCUAUAGAAACUAUUUUGUCUGUAAAUUAUCGGCCUAUAUUCAGUAGUAAUUAGGAAUUGUGUACUGUUUCAGUUCUCUGUGAUUAUGAAAGCACAUUAAUUUCGUUUUUCGCCAUGCCAUUGUUUCAGAUUUUUAUUACUCUUUCAUCGUUGCCAUUCUAUUGCAUCACACACAGACAACUGGCCAGAUCUGUUUUGAAUAUAGAUAAUUGGACCUGAAUCUAUUAAAUUAAUCUGUAUGUGCUUCGUUAUUUAAGAUUUAGAACUGUGUUCUAUGGAUUACGAAAACCACAUAUCCUCAGUGACUCGUACAAAGCAGUAACAUCUUGCAUGUGAGAUUAAACCAAGAACACAAGGAGAGAAUCGCUGCCUUUGCAAGCCAAGGAAACUUCACUUCAUCAAGAUGUUUGAGACCUGAACUUUCAUUAUAAGAUUAAGACUCUUGGGAAGUACUACCACUUUCAUUUGGUAUUCAAAUUUAAUCUGUGCACACAAACAGUGUGAAUAGCAGGUAGAAAUGCAUGCAAGACUUGUGCAGUUGUGCUUUAUGAACUUACAGCAAACUUGUGCAUUAGAAAAUGUAAACCAAUAAAGACUAAAUUGAUA